AUGACGUACGCGUACGCGAUCUGUUACGGUAAAUCGCUUUCGGGUGCCGCGUGUCGUAACACACAUUGCUCGAAUGCGCACUCGCCAGGACGCGUGACGCUCGGGCAGUUGCGAUGGGAUUCCAUCGCCGACGAACGCGCCUUCUCCUGUCACUUGCAGUGCGUUCGCAAGGGGCCGGCGGCGAACUACGUGAAGGUGUUUAAGGACGAAAACGACGGUGAUUACUCACUCGAGGACGCCGUCGAUGCGUUCCCAGGGCUCGAUCAGCUUCGAGACGAACACAAAGAACUCGCGACCGAGUGCCUCAAAACCAUUCUCUCCGGUGGUGCGUUGCACGAUGAUCAAAUCAAGUGGCUCGAGAGCGUGUAUGACGAAGCCAAGACGAAAGUGUCAAAGAAGAAAUCGGUUGCAGAGACGAAACUGGGGCGAAAGGCGAAGGACAGAACGCAAAAGGCGAAAGGUACAACGGCCGAGAAGCGCAAGACACCGGAGAAGAAAUCGACGCCGUUGGCGAAGAAGAAAACCAAGGCGAAGAAGAAGAAAACCAAACAAGAGGAUGACGAACACGAACAAGACGUCGAGGAAGAACAUAUCGCCGGUGACGCUGAAGCCAUGACGGAUUCGGGCGAACAAGCUGAAGCCGAAGCCGCGGCGUGA